AUGGAAUCUCCUUCCCACCCAAGGCGCAUGGCCAUCGACUCCCUGCUCAACCCCCCAGCAGAGGCCGACAACCCAACACAGAAACUGCAACACUAUGCAGCGGCACAUGCGCCCCUCACACCCCAGUACUCGCCUCUAUACCCUCCAAGCCCACACCAGCAGUACUUUCGCAACUUCCCCGAGGAUACUAAUCGACACCACCAAACCCGUCAACAGGUCCAUCACCACCACCACCAUCACUACCACCCAUACGGCCACGGCAGCCAACACAACACCCCAGCCCACCAGGACCACUACCAACACUCGCACCACUCCCAGCAGCACCACUCAUUCAUGCCCUACCACCGCCCACGCUCAACAGACUCCUCACCAGAAGCCUACGCCCGAGACCGGGAACGCUACUCCUCCGUCUCCAGCACCUCCAGCACAAACGCCGGUGCCCACAGCAGCAGCAACAGCACCAGCGGCGACCGGCGGCGUCCGCCACGGCCCAAGUACGAGGAAGAGGAGAUGUACUUUAUCUGGUACCACCGCGUCGACCUGUGCCAGGAGUGGAAGGAGGUCCGCGAGUCGUUUAACUGCCAGUUCCCCAACCGCCAGCGCCGCGGGUUCCAGGGGAUCCAGUGUAAAUUCUACCGCUUCAUCAAGGAGAAGAAGUGUCCAACGCUGCGUGAGCAGAGGCGCAUGCGCGAUGGCGAGUUUCUGCGGCAGGAGACGACGACGAGUUCUCGGGCGGACUAUGGGUCGAAUGCGCCGCAGUUUGGGGUCGUGGAGUGGAUGGGCGUUUGGUAUCCGUGGAUGAGGGAGGACCGGGAGGAGGUGAUGCGGAGGAGGUUAUCGAGGUAG